AUGUCCGGAUCUCUUUCGCCUUCUCUUCAAUCGGUUGAUACGGACUUCGACGCGAACUUGAACGCCAUCGGUCUUGGAACCGCCGCCUCUGAGCGAUCGGCCGCGCUGGAAGAGACUCUCAAAGGCAUCGCAAAUAGCUCUGACCAGACUACGCAUGAUCGUGAGCGUGCCCUCGCCGAGCGCGAACAAUCCGUCAGAGAGCGCGAGGUCAGCGUACGAGAGCGUGAGCUCGCCGUCUCACAACGUGAGGCAAUCGUGACUCGUCGUGAGGAAUGCCAGGACACUCGAGAGUGUUUGGACCGUAGACAUGAUGAAGGGGGUGUUCAAGUUGAACAGAUACCCGUGCGGGAUCACGAGAGCAAGCCUCAUCCUCCAGCCAUACCAUCGUCAGAGUCUAUAGAUCCUGAAGGCCUUCCCGACCUAUCCGAGGCCGCAUGGGCAGAUAUCUCAUCCUUGCUCAAAGAGGGGACGCAUGAGAGCCAUGAGAAGGCCCUCAGCAUCAUCCUGCCCCUUUCCCUUCCUUCCAAAUCCCCUCUCCUAUUCAGAUCAUUCGUUGACAACAGCGCGCUCUUUGCGAAGUCUAUACCCGACAUCCUGUGCUCCGACACCACACUGCGACAUUUCCUUCGAGCUCUCAUUCGUCAAGUGGCACUCAACCCCGCGUACACUCCUGCCGCAAUCGUACUCAUACAGCGCAUUCGGCGUCACAUUGUGGAACAUUGCUCGCCUAUCGGUGGCGGCCUUGUCCAUCCGCUGUCGACAAUCCUCAAUCAAGACUUUCGAGAUCUGCAGAUCGGCUGGGCCAGGGUCGAGAACAUGUACAGCGUACUGGCCUAUCCGCGGUUCAAGCAGGCACUGCGGCAUGCCACGGAGAUGGCAUCUUCUUUCCGCACAAUCAUCGGAACUAGGGAUGAGCUCACGCAAAGGCUCUACCUGCAGAGGACGUCGAAUGUGAAGGAUCUCAUGAAUGAGCUAUGUGACUUGGGCAUCACACGCGUCUAA